AUGCGCCCCCCGGCCUCGCCCAGGCCGCCCGCGGUGCUGCUGCUGUCGCUCCUGCUGCUGCUGGUGGCCAAAGAGCCCGCCCAGGGCAAGGGCUGCAUCUGCAAAGACAAAGGCCAGUGUUUCUGCGGAAGCACCAAAGGAGAAAAGGGAGAGCAAGGUUUGCCUGGGCCUGCUGGUUCUCCUGGCCAGAAGGGAUUUCCGGGUCCUGAAGGUCUGCCUGGACUCCAGGGACCCAAGGGCUCUCCCGGAUUCCCUGGACUCACAGGUCCCAAAGGCGGAAGGGGGAUAACUGGAUUGCCAGGAUUUUCUGGCCCUCCUGGACUUCCAGGUACCCCAGGCCAUCCCGGAACUUAUGGACUUCCUGGUGUCCCAGGGUGUAAUGGUUCCAAGGGUGAGCCAGGCUAUCCCGGACUUCCAGGAACACCAGGGUAUCCAGGUUUCCCGGGUGCCGUUGGUCUGAAAGGAGAAAAGGGUGAACCAGCUGAAAGAGAAGGUAUAGAAGGUGACGGGAAAGGUGACCCUGGAUUACCAGGAUCUCCCGGAUCCCAAGGCUCACCAGGGCUGCCCGGUUUUCCAGGACCUGUCGGCCCUCCUGGUCACCCCGGACGCUCUGGCUUUCCGGGAGCCAGAGGACCUCCAGGACCUAAGGGUUACAUGGGCGAUAACAUGAUAGGACAGAAAGGCGAGCAGGGUAUGAAAGGAUUGACUGGACCACCUGGACCCCCAGGAACAGUGACCAUCACUCUAUCACGCACAAAAAACAGAACGGAACUCAAGGGAGAGAAGGGAGAUCAGGGAGCACCAGGCAAAUCCGGACCCCCAGGACCCCCGGGCCCACCUGGAGACUCUUACGGGUCUGAAAAGGGUGAUCCUGGAGAGUCCGGAGCACAGGGAAAACCUGGAAAAGAUGGUUCCCCUGGUUUCCCUGGCACCAAGGGAGCCAAGGGCAAUAGGGGCUCUCCAGGAUUAGUGGGUAAAGACGGCAUCAAGGGCUGGAAGGGGGACAUGGGCCCUCCAGGAUUCCCUGGUCCAACAGAAUAUUAUGAUGCAUACCAGGCAAAGGGAGAGAAAGGAAUUCCAGGCCCACCAGGGCCCAAAGGAGCUCGUGGCCCACAGGGUCCGAGCGGUGCACCCGGAGCUCCAGGAAGUCCUGGGUUAUCCUUGCCUGGCGUCAGAGGAAUCAGCGGCUCUCCAGGCAUGAAAGGAAGAAAAGGGGAGCAAGGACCCCCCGGAAGGGAUGCAGUGGGGCCUCCUGGGGCCCCGGGUUGCCCUGGCUUACCAGGCCCUCCAGGGAGGCCCGGUCCUCCAGGCCGUCCAGGUGAUGUUGUUUUUUGUGAAGGCCCACCUGGAGAGCAGGGAUAUCCUGGCCAUAUAGGAGCUCCUGGAACCCCAGGAUUGAAGGGACCCAAAGGGGAACCAGGCCUGCCGUGUACACAGUGUCCUUGCGUCCCAGGCCCCCCUGGCUCCCCAGGAUUGCCAGGAUUGGAUGGUGAAAAAGGACUUCCAGGAGAACCAGGGACAGCUGGGGAUAAAGGAAGCCAAGGGCUCCCAGGAAGCCCGGGACUUCCUGGGUUUCCGGGGUUCCCAGGUCCUCCGGGUGUUCCUGGCCAGAAAGGAGAAAAAGGUGAAGAACCAAAACCCGAGGGACAAGCAGGAACUCCAGGGGACCCUGGGUUCAGAGGACACCCUGGGAAACCGGGCAUCGAUGGAGUCCCGGGAACUCCAGGAGCAAAAGGACUUCCAGGACCGAAAGGAGAACCGGCCCUGAGUGGUGAGAAGGGGGACCAGGGUCCUCCAGGGGAUCCUGGAACCCCUGGGUUCCCAGGACCUGCAGGACCAUUUGGACCAUCAGACUUUGGACCACAGGGAGAGACUGGUCCAAAGGGCACCCAAGGAGUUCCUGGAGCCCCUGGCCCACCUGGAGAAGCCGGUCCAAGGGGAGAAGACAGCAUUUCAAUACCAAUACCGGGACUCCCAGGGCCUCCUGGACCUCCAGGACGAACUGGUCCCCCAGGUCCACCUGGUGUCCCUGGACCCCCGGGCAAAUGUGAUCCAGGCCUUCCUGGACCUGAUGGUGAACCAGGAUUUUCAGGAAUUGGAUUUCCUGGGCCUCCUGGACCUAAGGGAGAUCGGGGAUUCCCAGGACCAAGAGGACCCCCUGGUUGUCCCGGAGAUGUGGGAAAGCCAGGAUUACCCGGAAUGCCAGGAACCCCUGGAGCAAAGGGAGAACCAGGAUUGGCCACACCUGGAGAGCCAGGAAUACCAGGUUUUCCGGGAGAAAGAGGCAGUCCUGGGGAAAAUGGAGACAUUGGAUUCCCAGGAUUUCCUGGUAACCCUGGAAAUCCAGGAUCUGGAGGACUGGAUGGACCACAAGGGGAUCCGGGGGAACCUGGACCGCCUGGAGAAAAAGGCCUCCCAGGAAGGUGCGAAGAGGGUCCACAAGGAGCUCCAGGACUUCCAGGCUUAAAUGGAUUGAAAGGACAGCCAGGUCCAAGAGGUGAACCAGGGCCAAAGGGAGACCCAGGUAUUCCAGGCUUGGAUAGACCAGGAUUUCCCGGAGAACCUGGACUACCAGGAAUGCCAGGUCAUCGAGGUGAGAUGGGGCCACCUGGUCCCAAAGGAUGUCCAGGAACCCCAGGAGUUCCAGGACAACCAGGAGACAGAGGAAUGAUUGGGAUGAUGGGCUAUCCUGGACAAAUCGGCCCUCCAGGGCCUGCCGGGAACCCAGGAACCCCAGGACAGAAAGGAAGCCUUGGAAUUCCAGGUGCAAAGGGCGAACGAGGACCCCCAGGAGAGAGCGGGGAUGAAGGGGACAAAGGCACCACUGGGCUACCUCAGAUAUGCCAUAUAGCAGGGGAGACAGGGGAGCCGGGACUCAAAGGAUUGGCGGGAAUGCCCGGUGAGAAGGGAGUCAGAGGUCUACCUGGCUUGCCCGGUUUCCCAGGCAUCCAAGGGCCAACGGGACCUCCAGGAACACCAGGUCCCAGAGGAGAUCCAGGCAGAUUUGGGGGUCCUGGGAAACCAGGACCUUAUGGAAUUCCAGGAAGCAUGGGGUUCAUGGGAGUUCCAGGUCUGAAAGGAAAGAGGGGGGAUUUGGGCCCCCCAGGUCCACCUGGAACGCCAGGCCUCCCAGGGAUUCCUGGUCUCCAAGGAGAUAAGGGGGAACCUGGUUAUUCAGAAUGCAUAUGGCCAGGAGUACAGGGACCGCAGGGAGAUCCCGGCUUGCCAGGUGAUAUGGGAAAGAAAGGAGAAAAGGGGUCCCCCGGUGCGCCUGGACAUCGGGGGCCUGCUGGCCCUGAUGGCAUCCCUGGAAGUCCUGGACACCCCGGCCCCCCAGGAAUGCCAGGUCCUAAAGGUGAUGUGGGGAAUGAAGGAAUCAAAGGCUUCCCCGGCUUUCCAGGAAUCAAAGGCCUUCCAGGUCCUCCAGGAUUCCCAGGACAUCCUGGACAAGUGGGUAUGAGAGGUGACCAAGGAUUUGAUGGAAUUCCUGGUCCAGCCGGAGAAAAGGGCGAAUCAGGUUUACUGGGAACAAUUCCGGGCCCACCAGGACACCCUGGCCUGCCAGGAGCCAAAGGAAAUAGGGGAACCCCAGGCUCUCCAGGUCUCCCCGGCAGGAAAGGGGCAGUGGGAGAUGUCGGACCUCCAGGACCCCUUGGCAUGCCAGGACCUCCAGGACCCCCAGGUUUUCCAGGCAUGAUCCUGCCGGGCCUCAAAGGAAACCGAGGUCCCAAAGGCUCCAGAGGAAAUCCAGGUGAGCCGGGUCCCCCAGGACCUCCAGGGAGCCAUGUCAAAGGCAUAAAAGGAGACAAGGGGAGUAUGGGCCAGCCUGGUCCAAGGGGUCCACGUGGAUCUGUAGGAGACAUGGGGCCGCACGGUUAUCCGGGUGUUCCAGGUCCCCAGGGAUUGCCAGGACUCAGAGGUUAUCCUGGGUUUCAUGGAUUUCCAGGCAUGAAAGGCAAGAAGGGUGAUCCAGGAAUUCUGGGACCAAGAGGACCUCCAGGGCGAAUUGGGCCGAAAGGACGAAAGGGUGCUCGUGGAGACUUUGGUACUGUGGAGAUCAUCUCCCUCCCCGGGAGCCCAGGACCUCCUGGCCCAGUGGGACCACCAGGGAUGCAAGGAGAACCAGGCCUACCAGGGCCUCCAGGAAACCCAGGACCCUGUGGGCCAAGAGGUAAACCGGGCAUGGAUGGAAGACCAGGAACUCCCGGUCCAGUUGGAGACAAAGGCCAGAAGGGCUAUAAAGGAGAGCGAGGUCUUCCUGGAUCCUCUGGACCGCCAGGCUGGAAGGGGAAGCCGGGGGAGCCCGGCACAGCCGGACCUUGGCCUGUCAGGAGAGGUUUCCUCUUCGCCCGCCACAGCCAGACCGUAGUGAUCCCUUCCUGUCCCCAAGGCACAGAAGCACUCUACAGCGGGUUUUCUCUUCUCUCCGUGCAAGGAAACGAGCGAGCCCAUGGACAAGAUCUGGGAACCCUUGGCAGCUGCCUGCAGCGUUUCACCCCAAUGCCUUUCUUAUUCUGUAACAUCAAUGAUGUGUGUAAUUUUGCAUCUCGAAAUGAUUAUUCAUACUGGCUUUCCACACCAGCUUCGAUGCCUGCAGACAUGGCUCCUAUCACCGGCAGGGCCCUGGAGCCUUAUAUUAGCAGAUGCACCGUCUGCGAGGGGCCUGCAGUGGCCAUUGCUGUCCACAGCCAGACCACUGAUGUUCCCCCGUGUCCCCAGGGUUGGGUUUCUCUCUGGAAAGGAUUCUCUUUCGUCAUGUUCACAAGUGCAGGUUCUGAGGGCACUGGACAAGCACUGGCUUCCCCUGGCUCCUGCUUGGAAGAAUUCCGAGCCAGUCCAUUCAUAGAAUGUCAUGGAAGAGGAACGUGCAACUACUAUUCCAAUUCCUACAGCUUCUGGUUGGCGUCGCUAAACCCCAAAAGAAUGUUCAGAAAACCGAUUCCAUCUACUGUGAAAGCCGGAGAGCUAGAAACGGUCAUCAGUCGCUGUCAGGUGUGCAUGAAGAGAAGGAACUGAAGAAAGCCAAGGAAACAGAGAAAUUUUCAUCCUAAAAAACAAAAUUACAGGAAGAAGCGGAACAAGCAUUUAUUUAGACACUUGUCUCAAAGCAAACAAUGAUGCUUAAAUGGUUUUUAUUGGUUUCUCCCUCACAACAAAGUGUUUCUUUGAGGUUAGUUCUGCUGAUCCUGGUUUCUAAAUCUGUGUGGUUCAAAGUUCCCAGUGACAAGGCAAAAAAAAAAAAAUACCCAAAAAACAAACCCUCACCCAAAUGCGUUCUGCUUUUAUUCAAGGUGCUAUCUGUAGUGUUGUUAUAUAAAAUUCGGCGCUACAAGCUCUAAGAGCUAUUGGUUUUCUGGAUUUCUGACAAUUGCCUCCAUUAUAUCCCAACUACUGACAUGCUAGGAGGUUAAGUCUGUUUUAGAUUUCCCCUCUAUUCACUUCUGAAACUUUGUAUCCUGGAUAAGGAAAGAGAUGAAGUAAGUGGGCUAUAAAAGUCUCAUGAAUGGAGCUGGACUUCCCAACCUUCUAAGCGAUCGGAGGCUGGAGCGAACUAGGAAAGAACUGAGUUUCAAGGAUUUCAUGGGGUUCCUUCAAACCUUCAAACAAACCCAAGACAAAGAGGUCUAAAGGGGCUUCCUAGACACAGUAGCUAUAGCCUGAGAAGGCCUAGCUAACUUUGUUUGAUAUUUUGAAAGAAUUUUCCCACGGGAUUCGUUUCACUGUGGCAAUGUGCCCUCCUUAUAGACAAAGUAGAUACAAAUUUCACCAUUGAUGAAUUUUAAGAGGACACCUUUAUACAUAGUGUCUGAAAAGUGUCUAAUUUCUCCUUUAUCAAAUCACCCACGCUAAUGCCAAGGAUACUGCUUAUUAUUGUAUAUUGUAUGUGCACUUUACCACAUUUUUGUAACUGUUGGUGUGGAUCUUUAAUAAUAGAGUAGUUCUGUGAUCAAGGAAAGAACGGAAGGUAUGUGUCAGCUAAUCAGGCUCAGGAUUAUCUUUUCCCUUCACUCUAAAUAUUCCAUUGAACUUGAGAAUUCUCAGAUAUAUUCUCUUGUCCCUUCUUUAAUUUGAAUUUGCAAAGAGCUUUUACUUUGUAUUAUCUACUCUCACCAACCUUACUGAAAGAGUCCAUUGUGUGAAAAUAUUGAUGUACAAACUAGAAUUUGGCAGCUGGAUGUCUUCAAACUUGCUUUUCAAAGUGUAGAUACAUUCCAGAGUUACUUAAUGCAUCUGAAUAAGCAUUCUAUGCGGAGCUAAGACAUGCCUCAGGCGUUGUACGAAACUAUAAAAAUACCAAGCUGAAGGAAGAAGUGACUUGUUUCUAAUCUAAUGGCCCAGAAAACGUAACUUAUUGUUUCUUCGAAACAUGAGGCAUCUGAGUUGUUUUCUCACUGGGUCCCGACUCUUACUCAUCAUCCUGAGCUUCAGAGUUCAGGUAAAACCCAGGACUUGUAGUUUCGCGUUAGGCAUGGCAGAAGCCAAGGUCAGGUCAACUUCAAGAAAGCAAAGAUUUGCAAAAUGUUUCUUUUAAGAGUAAAAAAGAAGCAACACAAAACCUUUUCUACCUGGUGCUAGCAACUGAUCUGGCAAGGCCACACCGGCUGAGUCCGAGCUCUGAAAACGGUUCUUGAUCCACCUCCUCGGGUGGAGUUCAUGGUGCUGAGCUUUAUAAUCCGUGACCGCUUGCUCGCCUGUUGCUCUUCCCAGCAGAGGCCAGCCCAGACUGUGACCGCCCUCUUGUCCUCAGCUUAAACUAAGACCUGCAUUCUGCUCAGGUGACUCACAGAGGUCGCCUGUGAUGGAGACUGUCUUGCUUGAAACCGAUUCUGCUCGCCCAACUGGAACGCACACAUUUAUAGGGCGAGGUGAUCCAAACCAAGAGUUUUCCAAAUUACUGUCCCUGGGCCCGCAGUAUUGACAAAUGCAAGUUAUUACUAACUCUUCUGAUGGGUGAUUUGAAUGCGCUCUGCUGAGGAAAGUUGUUCUAGGC